CCACAAUUUUGAAAGGAGACGAGAACUUUUAGAGAGAGAAAGUAAAAACAAGGCCUCAAGAACUAGAGAGAGAAAGUGAAUAGGAAAAUUCCAAUCGUCAAUGACGGAAGCACUCAAGAGAAACUACCAGAUUUUGGAGGAGAUCGGUCAAGGAAGAUUCGGUACUGUUUACAGAUGUUCUUCGGCGAAUAAUCAAGAUUCCGGUUUCUUUGCUGUGAAAUCAAUCGAGAAGCGUUUGGUUUCCGGUGACUCGCUCGAAUCUCAGUGUUUACUCACUGAGCCGAAGAUUCUUCAUCAUCUCGGUAAUCAUCCUAACAUCGUUAAGCUUCAUAACCUUUACGAAGACGAAUUUCAUCUCCAUAUGGUUAUGGAUCUCUGCGAUUCUUCAGAUCUACACAGCCUAAUUACUCGCCGAGUCUUUAACGAGUCGGAAGCCGCUUCGGUGAUGACUCAGCUCGUUCAAGCUCUGUCUCAUUGUCAUCGUCACGGUGUUGCUCAUCGCGAUAUUAAGCCGGAGAAUAUUCUCUUCGAUCAGAGGAAUCGGUUGAAACUCGCCGAUUUUGGAUCGGCUGAGACUUUUAUGGACGGUGAAUUGAUGAGCGGAAUCGUCGGAACGCCGUAUUAUGUUGCUCCGGAGGUUUUAGCAGGGAGAGAUUACAAUGAGAAAGUUGAUAUGUGGAGCGCUGGUGUCGUUUUGUACAUAUUGUUAGCUGGUUUUCCGCCGUUUUAUGGUGAAUCGGUGGUUGAGACUUUUGAUGCUGUGCUUAGAUCGAAUUUGAGGUUUCCGACUAAAGUUUUCCGGUCGGUUUCUCCGGCGGCGAAGGAUCUGAUUAGGCGAAUGCUUUGUAAAGAUGUUUCUAGAAGAUUAUCAGCAGAGCAAGUUCUGAGACACCCAUGGAUAACAAAUGGCGGAGAAAGAUUAGGAGAUGUUUGAGUGAGUCAAAGCAAACUUCAAAACGGUGCCGUUACAGAGUAUAUAGAUAUUAGAUAAUAGUAAAGUGUCUGAUGUACAUAGAUAAAUCAGAACCGUGAGAUCAAAGGCUUUCUUUUCUUUCUCUCGUUUUUUGGGGAAAGCAAAGCAAAGAGUUAGUCAGUUAGUAGUUACUAGUUAGUUAGUGAGUGGUAUUAUAUUGAGAGUUAAAGGAUUUUGGUAUUAUAAUAUAGAGUGGUUUCGUUGAGAUUUUGUACCUAAUAUAGCAAAUAAUAAAAUAGUAACCCGGAUUUUCUAGUGUA